UCUCGUACAUCCAGAAAUCUUGUUCACAAUAAACCUGAUCAGAGUCGUCUUCUUCGCUUUUAACCGCCAUCGUUGAACAUUGUACUGUUAGCCAUACAAUGAAUCGAUCAAUGGUGAGAUUGUUUGUGAGGCGACCGGUAAAGCAGAGAGCAGCGUCCACUGAAAAAAGAAUGUGAUUCCUCCGUCCGAAAAUGAAAAGAGAGCUGUCAAGUUGUCUCUAAAAAAUAUUGAUGAUUAAAUAGCAGUCAGGAUUCCUCUUAUCAUCUUGCAUCUUUUUUCCAAUAUUUUAUGCCCUUGAUCUGUUAAAAAAUCAAUUUGUAUGCCUUAGGCGUAGUGAAAACAACUAUCGGAUCUCGUGAACGUCUUUAAAAUUCUUUCAUUUCAUCUCAUUUCUGCGUUUUAUCUGCGUGACAGCAAAAUGGUUCGUAUUAACAGAAAGCGCUGUGUAUUUCCAUCCACUCCAUCCGUUGCUCAGCAGAUCAAACUUUCGUGCUUAGAUUUACAAAUGCUGUUCAUCAGCUACAAUCAAAAAGGCCUCUUCUAUCAAAUCCAUGCAGACGAAUACUCUUCUUACGUAGAUCGUCUUGCUGAAACGCUGUCUGAGGUUUUGGUAAAAUUUCAUCCUUUGGCCGGCCGGUUAACAACUAGUCCUCUGGAUGGCGGUAUUUACAUCCUCUGCAACGACUCGGGCGUAGAUUUCAUCGAAGCCACGGCAGAAGACCUAAGUAUUGAGGAUCUGACCACAGCAGAAGUUCCACCAGCUGUCGAAGAACUAUUUGCCCUCAACGGGGCCGUCAACUUUGAAGGCCAUCGCCUUCCGUUGCUUGCAAUCCAGGUAACUCAGCUGAAAGACGGGGUUGCCGUGUGUUGCACGCUCAACCACGCCAUAGCCGACGGCGCUUCGCUCUGGGAUUUCUUUAAUUUCUGGUCACGUCUGUGCAAAACGAAUAGGAACAAAAUUCCCGAUAGCCCUAUCUACGACAGGUCUCUGCUAGAGCCUCCCGGAUCUGCAGUUAGACUUGGCCUUGAUCCAGACGGCCACGUCCCACAGAUUUGCCCGCCUCCAUUGCCAGUAAAAAUUUUCCAUUUCAGCGCCCACACGAUCAGCCGCUUAAAGGAGCAGGCCAACCAGGAUUCAUCCUUUACGAUCUCUUCCUUCCAGGCGUUUUGCGGACACGUGUGGCGGGCAGUCACGCGUGCCCGGAGGCUCUGCCCGGACGAGACCGUUUAG